CCAAAUACACCAGCCUUUACACAGAACUUGCUGAUUAACUUUUGCCCCCAUGCAGGUAUGUUCCUUGCAGUGUGAGGGGUCUCUACUUCCUGAUGAUGAAUGGGAGAGGUGUGGCCAACUCUUAUCUUCUCAAGAAGAGGUCCUAGAAGUGAAGAGGGAGCAAGAACUGGUGCCGCCAAUGUUGGACUCCCAAGACAUGCUGGUAAAGCGCUACGGGGGAUUCAUACGGAAGCCCGAUAAGAACAAAUUCCUUAAUGCUAAGCGUGAGAACUUUAGCAAAAGGUACGGGGGGUUCCUGCGCAAAUAUACCCUGCGAGACCUCCCGGAUGUCUCUUCCAAUCCAGAGGCAAAGCUGGAGUCUCCAGAUGCUGAGGAGCUGGGCUGGUUCAGUCCCACCUGGGGCACUAAGGACGAAAGGAAAAGAUAUGGGGGGUUUCUGCGGAAAUACCCCAAGAGGAUUCUAAGCCAAGAAGGGGAUUUCGAGAGAAGAAGGAGGCUACAGGAGGGGCUGGAGGCGGGGCAAGCCAUAGUCACGGGGCAGGAGAUAGAGACAGGGCAAGAGCUGGACCUAGAACGUGGCACUGCAGAGCUAGAGAAGCGAUACGGAGGGUUCUUGCGCAGAAUCCGCCCCAAACUAAGGUGGGACAAUCAGAAACGGUACGGGGGGUUUCUACGGCGCCAGUUCAAGGUCAAUGCAAGGUCAGAAGAGGACCCCACCAUGUUCUCAGGGGAGCUCUCCUACCUAUAGAACGGAGGUGGCUGCUGGGGGCGAGAAGGGAUGGACAUGGCAGAACCCACUCAACUUGUCUUCUUCAUGUACCAACAACUCUAAUGCCUACCCCCCUAACCAUCCUCCAACCAUACCCCCCCAAGAACACCAACUGCCCUUCAGCCCAUCCCCUCAUGAACACCAACUGCCCUUCAGCCCAUCCCCUCAUGAACACCAACUGCCCUUCAGCCCAUCCCCUCAUGAACACCAACUGCCCUUCAGCCCAUCCCCUCAUGAACACCAACUGCCCUUCAGCCCAUCCCCUCAUGAACACCAACUGCCCUUCAGCCCAUCCCCUCAUGAACACCAACCACCCUCCAGUCAAUCCCCCCAUGAUGUACUUACCCCGCUCACACAACCCGACGCUACUGGACACUACUCAAGCUCCAUUCCUGGUUUUCUGAAGGCCCCAAGAACCUCAGGAGCAUGUAUAUGUGCAAGUUACCCAUGCGCCCCCUAUGGACACCGUCAUGAUGGUUCCCCCUCUCUCCCUUACUGCCCCAUGUGAGGGGCAGAAUAGUUACCAUGCUGCUAACUAAACACAAGUCUCAGCCCAUGUGACCUCCCAGCUUUGUGUGGAACACGGUUCCACCUCGCCGCCCCCCCACAGCCAAUACCCACGGCAAAUACCCACGGCAAAUACCCACGGCAAAUACCCACGGCGUCCCACAGACUUCAAUGCCUCUUGUAAAAUACGAUUGUACAAAUAAAUUCACUUUAUGUCCUAAAAGCAAA